AUGAAGCCCACACUCAACGCAAAGAUCGUCGUGGAGCUGUUCGUUGAGCUAUACACGUCGACAAGGAAUGAGGUAAUAAAUUUUCUUGAGGAGAAUAAGGAAGCCUAUCCGAAUUUUACGCUAGUCGCGGACUUCUGGACAUGUAAGACUACCGGAGAUAAGUUUUUGGGGCUGCGAGUCUACCUCGUGCACAAGUCGUGGCAAUUUAAGUCUGUAUUGUUGGGGACAAGAAAGUUCAACCCAGCGUACGGUGAUCGAGAAGGCGGUAUUUUGGGGCCGUUUAAAGCAUGGCUGGAGCACAUGUUUAAGAAUUUUGGCCCGAAGAAAUGCAAUUUUUCGGUGCUACUAGCGGCGCUUGAGGGGACGUGA